UAUGAAUCAGUCUGAUGUCAACAAUGAAAUUAAACCUAUUUAUGCUUCAAAGGUUCAAGUUCCAGUAUCAGGUACUUCUACCACCAUUCAAACUGAGAAAGUAAAAGUCAUUCUUCCUCACUUGGGUAAAAACUACGACAUUAAUGCCAAGCAUUACCUAGGGGUCAAGUUGAUCUACUCAUCGGACAAUAUAGUCCCAAUCAUGGACCCUGGAAAUUAUUCAGCAAAUAAGAAAUCUGCUUACAUUAACCUCCCUCUCGGUUGUUAUCGAACUCCUUUAUUUCAAACUACCGCCGAUGUAACUACAAAUUUGGUAAAUUGA